ACAGUCUAGAAAUAUAGCAGUUUGUUGUGCAAGGGACGCCUUGCUCGAAGGGUAUCAUGUUGGUUGGCAAGGCGCUUCCUGUCCUCUUCUCCGUCUUCCUGGUCAUAACAACACUCAUUAAUAUCGUCGUGGAUGCUGCAUCGGGCUUCCCUUUCUCUCUGGGUAUCCGGGACAGCAUCAUGAUUGCUCAUUCAUUCAAGGGGGAGCAGUUUGGCCCCGCUCAAAAUAUUCACGGUGCCACGUACACCGUGGACGUUACCUUCCGUAGUAAAAACCUGGUGCCGAAAAACAAUUGGGUAAUUGACAUCGGGGAGGCGUCCACGGCGCUGAGCCGCAUUCUAAGCAAGUACAACUUUAAAAACCUAGACCAGGUCUUCCCCGAGGGGGAGAACACGACGACGGAGUUCAUGUGCCGUGCCAUCCACCGAGACUUGGCUGCGCAUUUUUGCACCAAUCGGGCCAAGAGCAAGGAAGAGCGUUUCAAGGGCUCCAUUUGUGUCAAGCUUUGGGAGAGUCACAAAGCGUGGGCUUGUUAUGAGGCCAUUGUCUGAGGAGACGGGACGAAGGAUGCUGGGCUUAUAAGGGGGGGAAGGAAAUUACUACAGCAAAAUUAAAUCCUAGACUAAUCAA